GUAAAAUGAAAACUAAAGUUUUCACCCAAAAAAUAAGGCGCCAAAAUUAAAGUAGUAUUACUAAAAUAAAAGUUCUAAAAAUUAAGAUAAACUCUCAAAACAAAGGCCUCACAGCUUUGCCCUAGUUUCUAGUUCUACACAUCUCACUAUCGGUGUACUCUUCCAUAGCUCUGGUCGUCGCGUAAAUCUGUGUUUUGGGAAAACACAAAUUGUAGGUCUGCCCUAAUUUCCCAUCUCGCUCGUUUUCGAAUCUUAGGCUCAAUAUGAAACCAUUAAAGACUGAAAUGUGGGGGGGGGGGGGGGGGGCAUUCGUCGUGCUAGGCGCUAUAGGAAAGGGACAGGGACGAGGAGGGCUUAGAUCUUUGGUUGAGAAAGAGAAUAUGCCAACCAAGAGUUUAUUUCCUCAAUCUAGUGAUAUAGUUAAGCAAUACAUCCAAGAAAUUGAAACAAGUGCUAUGGGGAUGGAACAAGGACAAGGUCAUAAAAAUGCUACCAUGUCUGCUAGUAAAGGAAUGGGAACGAUACAUAUAAACUCCAUGGUUCUUGAGAUAGGGUAUAGUUUUUCCAAAGGGUAUACAUCUACUGAUCAAGUUAAGCAAUGCAAAAAAGUUGAAACAAGUCCAGGCGCUAUAGGGAUGGGACGGGAGCAAACACCUAGAUCUUUGUGCUCCUCUUUAGGAAUUUCUGAAAAUGAGAUGGAAUCUUUCCACGAGAAUGCUCGUUAUGCUAAUCAACGUAUGCAAACUCCUUUUAAAAUCACAAGAUCGAAUUCUACCAUGUCUCCUAGUCAAAGAAUGCGAAUAAUGGAUAAAAAUCCAACGGUUCUUGAGAAAGAGCAUGUUCAAACCAAUAUUUCAUUGCCUCCAUCUACUGAUCAAGUUAUGCAACACAACCAAACAGUUGAAAAAGGGUCAUCUAAUCCUGGCAAGGUAAAAAGAGUUCGAGGGAGGAACAAGUGCAAAGAAGUUGCAUCACUUGAAGUUGGACAAAAGCUGAAAGUAACCUUUUACAGUAAUCGAACGGUUGAAAAAAAUAGCAAUCUGUUUUCGAGGCACUUGGGAGGAAUAGUUCGUGACUAUAAUAUGUGUCCGUUGGGGGUUUCAUCUUGGAACGAUAUUAAUCAAGAAAAGUUGAAUCACAUGUGGGCAGCUGUUGAGCCUAGCUUUUUAAUGUUGUUGGAUAACACCCGAUAAAUAAGACUGCUUUUGGGGUUUUGAAGAUUGAAGUUUCGAGUCAAGAUGCAAGUUUAGAAGAUGCACAAGCUCAUUAUUAUUUUGUUAGGAAUGUAAUGCAAAACUUGAGCCUAGGGUCUUUCGGAAACAGCCACCCUACCUUCAAGGUGGGGGUUAGGUCUGCGUACACUCUACCCUCCCCAGACCCCACAUGGUGGGAUUAUAAUGGGCCUGCUGUUGUUGUUGUUGUUGUUGUUGUUGUUGAGCAAAUAUUGAAACUAAUAUGGGAUGUUAACCAUUUUGUAAUUAAUAACUCUCUC